GCCAGCUCCGGGCACAGCCCCUGGGGACGCGGCUGCUUCUCCUCCCCAGCCCCGAAGAGCAGCGGCGGCAGGCGGCCGAGGGACAGCGACAGCGACAGCGGCGGCAGGAGGCUGUGAAGUAGCAUUCUUGCUGACCAUGUCUGACGGUGCAGAUAGUGAGGAGAAGCCUCCAGCCCCUCCGUUGAGAAUGAAUAGCAACAACCGGGACUCCUCAGCCCUCAACCACACCUCCAAGCCCCUGCCCGUGGCCCCUGAGGAGAAGAACAAGAAAGCCCGACUCCGUUCCAUUUUCCCUGGAGGAGGGGAUAAAACUACUUAGUGGGUGAUGAGCUGUGGGUGGUGAUGGAGUACCUGGCUGGCGGUUCUCUGACUGAUGUCGUCACGGAGACUUGUAUGGAUGAAGGCCAGAUAGCGGCUGUCUGCAGAGAGUGUCUCCAGGCUUUGGAUUUCUUGCACUCAAACCAAGUCAUCCACAGAGACAUUAAGAGUGACAACAUUCUCCUUGGGAUGGAUGGCUCAGUCAAACUGACCGACUUUGGGUUUUGUGCCCAGAUCACCCCUGAACAAAGCAAAAGAAGUACCAUGGUGGGGACCCCGUACUGGAUGGCCCCCGAAGUGGUGACAAGGAAGGCCUAUGGCCCUAAAGUGGAUAUCUGGUCCCUUGGGAUCAUGGCCAUAGAAAUGGUGGAGGGCGAGCCCCCAUACCUGAAUGAAAAUCCGCUCCGGGCCUUGUACCUUAUAGCGACUAAUGGCACCCCAGAGCUCCAGAAUCCUGAGAGACUUUCUCCUGUGUUCCGAGACUUCUUAAACCGCUGUCUGGAGAUGGAUGUGGACCGGCGAGGGUCUGCCAAGGAGCUUUUGCAGCAUCCAUUUUUAAAACUAGCCAAGCCUCUCUCCAGCCUGACUCCUCUGAUCCUUGCCGCGAAAGAAGCGAUUAAGAACAGCAGCCGCUAGUGAGGAGAGGGAGGGCCUUCACCCGCCCCGGCCCUGGCGUGUGGAGAGCCAGAUCCCCCCAAGACUCUGUAGGACCUCACUGUCUGGGCUGCAGCACAGACAGACAGACAAACCGAAUUUGGAUGUCCCCAGUGUAAGGGGCAUAAGGUUGGGGGGCUGAGCCUGCUUUUCCCCUACUCCCUCCUCUCAUAUGCCUUGGCCAGCUGGAGCCAGCUCAGGGCUGUGUGGGGUAUAGGGGGAAGCAGCUCUCCACCAUGGGCUGGCUGCCCGUGCGCUUCCUUUUCGAAUGCCUGGCUUGUUGCUUUUCCCAGUGUCUGGCCUGCUUCGGCAUUAGAGAAGGAAGAAAGGGCCCCUCCAACUCUCACAUGGCUCCUACCCAUCUGCCCACCUGGCUCCCAUUCCCACAUUCAGUUUGCCUGCAGUAGGAUGGACAGAAAACAAUGGCUUGGCUGUCCCCAAAGAGGCAGAAUGAGUGUGUUGUGAAUGUGACCUCAGCCCUUGAACCCUGCUUCCCUUCCCCUUGUCCUGCCCAUCCCCCUCCAAGUUUGGGGCCUUCUUCCUUGGGUCAGCUUGGUUUGUCUCACUCUCAGUCUGCAUUUGCCUUGAGAAAGUUAGCUUGUUACUUUUAUUUUAUUUUUUAAAGGCAAAAGAUAAGUGUGUUCAGGAAGGCCUGGUUUGGGGGUCCCACUUUCUGCCCGCUACCCCCAUGGCUUCCCAUGUUCCCAGAUGCCUGGAGAAGGUUGCAGAGAUUCACAUGGCAAAGCCUGUUCUUGCUGGGCCCAACCCUGAAUUUGUCCCUGGAAAGCCACCCAGGAAGGCAAUCCCAGGGGCCGCCAGAAAGAUCUCCAUGCUACCUCUUGACUCCCUCCAUGUGUGGUGGCACUUAGGGACCUAGCCUCUGCCUGCCCCCUGAUGGGGUUGAAUCGUUUUUAUUCUGAGCAUAACUGUGCAAGGCAAUGAUUUGUGAAUUUUUUUUAAUAAUAAAAAAAAUCUAGUGAGGAGAGACCUGGUUAGCACUCAGUCUGCUAGUGAGUGGGGGCAGGAUCUUUGCUGCUGGCUUCAUGUCCCUUUCAAAACUAGAUGUUGAAGUGGGUGCUGCCCCCUCCUCCAGGUUAGGGCAUUUGUCAUGUUCACCCCUUAGCGACUUUGAAUUCUAAGAAACUGCCCACAUGCCUUAGUGGGAAUCUGUUUCCUUUUCCAGAAGAGUUCCCAAAACAAUUUCACCUGAGAAGCCCACUGAGGCAUAGGUGGCACUCUUUCCUGGUCUCUCCCCAAAGAUUCAGCUGCUGGCACAUUUUGGUUUCCUGGAAGGAGGGGGUGGAGAGAGUGAAGGAAGGAGGAAGAAUGGGAGAAAAAAGAAAGGACUUCCUUCUUUUUUGAGCUCAUUGGCAUCUUCAAAAGAUUUGGACAGUUGGGUUUCUGAGUCCUUGAAAAAUUCACGGUUUCUGUUGAAGAAGGCUCAAGAUUCGUAGCAUGUCAGACAUCUUAAUAAAAUGUGUCUCAAUUCAGGCUAGGAAGUAAAGGGAUAAGUGAGGGUUUCUUAGUCUGUGGACUCCUUCCUGUUAUUAUGCAGGCCUAUUCACCUAGCCAUCUAUUCAUUCAUCCACUUAUUCACUUAUCCACCCAUCUACCCAUGCAUUCAUCCAUCAGUCCAUCCUUCUAUCUACCCACCUACCCAUUCAUCUACUCCCCCAUCCAUCCAUCCAUCCAUCCUUCCACCAAGAAGUCCAUUCAUCCAUGAUCCACCCAGCCACCUACCCAUUCAUUCCCUUUCCAAUUCUCUUUUCCAAAGCUUUCACUUCCAUUCCAUUUACAAAAACAUUUUUCCAAACCUCUGCUUUAAACUCUUGCUUCAACUCUUCCAGGAAUUCUAGUUUGUGCCCAAGCUGUUUUCCUCUGAGCCUUUCCUUGUAGACAUUUUGGAGUCACUGUCCUCUUCUGUAUUUGUGUCUUGAGCUCAUUAUGGCAAGAUUCUUUUUUUGUUUGUCCAUUCUUCCAGCUUUCUUCCUGACUUUGCAUGUGAUGUUGACCUGGGCUCUGCUGCACUUCUACCCACUCAUCUACCUAGCCAAUCUCCCAUUCAGUCAUCUGUCCAUCUUACCCAUCCAUUCACCUGUUCAUUUGUCUGUCCCAUCUAUUCUCCAUUCAUAUGUCUGCUCACCCAUCCCUCUACUAACCUAUCCAAGAUCUCACUACCUACCCAGCUCUCUAUCCAUUGACCCAUUCAUUUGGUCAUCCAUUUAUUGAUGACCCACCCAUCCAUCUUGUCAUCUCUGACUGACCCUUCAUCCAGCCAUCCCUCUACCCACACACUCAGCUGUCCCCUGAAAUGAAAGCACAGUCUGUGGGGAGUUUAGGCUAAACCUGUGGGGUCAGUUGUCCCACUGGGGAGGUGAUUCUGGUUCCUUAAUUUCCCAUGUAGAUAUAAAGUUUGGGGGACUUUGACCUCCCAGGAAACAUACAAAGGAGAGAAGCAAUAGACAAAGCCAGGAAAGUGUGUGGUCCUAUCCCUCAUUUGGAGCAGCCUGUGUAUACGCUAGGCUCUGGGAGAUUCCAGGCAGCUGCUUGAGCUAAUGAGAGGCCUUAAUUUUUAUUUCAGUUGAAAAUGUGUAUUUGUAUUUCUCAGUGAUAGAUGUCAGUUGUUUCCAUAGAGGCAUAAGAUACUGUUGGGUUGCAGUGGAGGGAUGGGUGUGCUAUCCUUGCAGGGUGGGGGGGAACCCUGACCUGGGUUCACCAGAAAGAACAAUUCAUGUCCUUUGUGUGCCUUUAGGGCCUUUCCUUGGAGACUCUGAAAUGGUGAUCCUUGAGGUUCUCCAAGGUCCUUUCUGACCACUGCUGGGCCACAGAGGCCAAUGGUAAUCCAUGUCUGUAGGCAUGCUUUCCCAGGAGACAAAUGGAUGUGGGUGCAUAGAGAGAUAUUCUGAUAAUCAUCCAUUUUCUCAGACCCAUCCUUCCAUGAUGUUGAAUGGCUACUUAUAUUUUUAAGAAGUAUUACUGAUAAGCUGUUUCUCUUGCCAAAAUUCUGCUGAAGGAUUAGCAUAUGACAUGUUUAAACAUCCCUUCCUCCAUAUGGCAAAGCCCCUUUCCCCCUUCCCCUACCUCUUUCUCUAGCUCCUUAAGCCCUUGGUGAAUCUGCUGGGGUCUUUCCUAUGACUCCAGGGCCUCUCAGCUCCCAAUGCCUUGGAGGGAUCCUGACUCAGCCUGGGGGCAGCAACAGGAGGGUCAGGGAGGGCCAAGGAACGGGAGAGAGAUGUUUCCCUGUGAAUUAGUGAGUCGUUGCUUCGCUGCUGUAGUCCCAGGUCGGCCAUGGCGGUGGGUCCUGCCUGUCUGUCCUUGUCAGUUCCCGUGUGUCUGUGCUCUUUUACUGGCCACUGACUGGCCGGAUAUGAAGACUUGAGUCAAAUAUUUAUUCUUUGAUUUCUUUCUGGUGAGCGGAUUCUGCUUUACCCUUUGGCUUUCAUACCCAUCCUUCUCCAGGAGGGAUGAGCUUCUUGUCGCCCAAGUUUCCAGAGAAUUGGACAGCUUCUGAUUUUGCAGCCUGUUUGCUAAGCCUGUAACAAGCCGAUUUCUUUGUCUAUUGGGCUGUUUGUUCUGAUCAAGUCAGGGAGUCAGAGAACAUUAGAGAUAGAAAGGAUCAUAGAGCUCGUCAUUUUACAGAGGAGGGAACAGGCCCGGAGAGGUUAAAUACCUUGGCCAAGGAUAUACAGCAAGUUAGUAGCAGUCAGGGCCUUGAAUCCCAAGUCCGGGGCUCUACUGCACCAUGCUGCCUAGCUCUUUUCAGCAGGUGGUUUGAGGAUGUGGGCCACACCCUGAGCGGCACAUGUGUUGCACCUUCCAAGAUCAUCUUUGGCCACCGAGGGAGAAGCCACUGGCAGGCUGAGCAAGCUAAGGCUCCUUGGCUCUUCAGAAUCUUGUGCUUUGUCCUUUGGAUUGGUGUGCUAUUUUCAGGACUCUGAGGAUGGAGGGGAGAAGGAGGGGUUUGGGUCCUCAGAGAGAACAUCAGGCCAAGUGACUAGCCUAUGACCCGAGAGGCCAAGUGAAGUGGGCUGUUCCUCUGUCAUCCAUUGGCAUGCUAGGGGAUGGUGCUAAGGUCACUGUCACCUCCGUGUCCCAUUUCUUAUUCAUCUAGGCAGAAUUCCUCUCUUAAUCCCAGAUAGUCAAGUGGGGCUGAUUUCCCUCGAAGUGAAGGCAUGGGACUGAAGGCUGAGUGGGUAAACAUUGGCAGAUGGCAAAUGACACUGGCAGAGGGAGCUUGCUGGAACUCCGGCAUGUUUGGCUGGUGUUGCUUUGAGGUGCCCGCCAUGUGCUGAUAGUGCUCCUCACUUAGGCCAGCAGGCAGAAUUUCUAGAAAGAUAAUAUGUGUGUGCAU